AUGGAAAAUAAAAACGGGUUGAUAGAAGUUACCCUAGACAAUGAAUAUGUAAAAAAUCGGAUUAAUAUAGUAGAAUAUGAGUCGUUUGAAAAAAUAACUCCUUUAUCAACAAAAAAUAAAAUUCCUUGUAAAAUUGUUUUGGCUACGCAUGGAAAAAGUCAAACUACUGUUUGUCUAAAAGCGUUAAGACAAAAUUAUUUUAAUCAUAAGAAUACUGAUAGAAAUGUUAUCGAACGAUUUGUGAAUGAGUUGAUGCUAUUGUCAAAAUUAUCUCAUACCAAUGUCGUGAAAAUUUUGGGAUUAUGUCAAGACCCAAUAAGUGAUAACACAUUCCUAGUUAUGCAAUAUGCUAAUGGUGAGUCCUUACGACGAUAUUUACAAAAUGAUUACCCGCGGCUUACUUGGCUUGAUAAAAAGAGGAUUAUAAAAGAAAUUGCUAAGGGGUUAAAUUAUAUGCACAAUGAAGGAAUUUCACAUCGAAAUUUGAAUCCUGAUAAUAUAUUUGUAAAUGAUGGUCAUAUGAUGAUUUCAAAUUUCGGCACUUCGGAUAAUGAGCAAGGAACAUUGACUCUAAACGAAAUGAUACCGUUUAUUGAACCUUUGGAAUCUGCGAUUACACCUGGUACUCCAAUUCAUUAUGUUCAACUAUAUAGGCAUUGUUGGAGUGAAGAUCCUAACAAACGUCCAGCUGCUGAACAAGUUUUGGAUAAUCUUGUAAAGAUAAAUAUAGUAUCAUCUAUACAUGAUUCUAACCGUCGAUUCAAAUUUGAAUCACCACAAAAAACUCCCCCAUUGCUUGAUAAUCCACCAUUGAUCACUCCACUUAUUUCACCACGAGUAGAUUCAAUUGGUUGGCGCAAUUCGAUACAUGACAUUAAUCUUGACCAAAGCAAUUCGAAUCAUUUCAAUGUCAUUGACCCAUCAUUAAGUCGUGACCCAUCAAUAAGUCUUGACCCAUCAAUAAGUCGUGAUCCAUCAAUAAGUAGUGACCCAUCAAUAAGUAGUAGACCCAAGUCACGUAGCACAAGCUUUGACACCUUAACAAAUAAGCGUCCCUAUGUUCUAAAUGAAAAAAGUCAAAGCUUUUAUAUUCCAAGUGAUGAAAAAACAGAAGAGAUAAACCCUAAUAUCUUUAAUAUACGCGCUACAUCAUCAUUAUUUGAUAGUCGUCAACCACAAAUAAUUUUGAUAGCUCGUUAUUCACCAUCAAAAAGCAUAAUUCCAGUUUUAAAUACAUUAAAGAAACGAGGAGAUGAUUUAGGGAAAAGAGAUAUUUAUAAGAAAAAAACCGUAUUUCAUAGUCUUAUAUGGAAUGAUGAUUUAUUUGAUAUAACAUUUGAACGAUCAAAAAGACUUCCUCGUCAUGAUCGAUUUCGAGCAGUAAUAAGAUGGUUAAUAUCAAAUGGUUUAGACAUAGAUGCAACAGAUAAUUUUGGAUGGACAGCACUUCAUGAAGCAAUAUGGAAACGUAAAGAUCCAGGAGUAGUUUUAGCAUUAUUAGAAAAUAAUGCAAAUCCGAAUACACCAGAUAAUUUUGGAUUAACACCAUUACAUCAAUGUUUAGAUAUUUUACGUAAAACAAAAAGGGAUGAUGAAAAUUCCAAUGUUUUUACAAUAAUAAGAUUACUUUUACAUUCAGGAGCCGAUCCAAAUCUAACAUUACCCGAUUAUACAUUAACACUUUCAGGAGCAUCAUUACCAAAUUGUUUAUUUGCAGCAGUUUAUCUUGGACUUCCAUUGGAUAUUAUUGAAUUAAUGAUUAAAAGAGGAGCAGAUGCUACAUCCACAACAUUUAUGGGAUUAUUCUUGCUUGAUUUUGCAUCAAAAGUUAAUAAUACAUUAGCAUUAAAAUAUUUGGCAGAUAAUAGGAAUUUAAUGAAUAAAAGAACUA